CUCGCAUUUUAGUCAAAGAAAGAAGAAAUUUUGGCGUCGGAAAACAAAGUGUUUGUUAAUAAGAUUCAAUCGUGGUAAUUAUUAAUUUAAUGAAAGCCAAUAAAUUUGUCUUUGGUACGGCUUAAAAAUGAAAAUAAAACAUCGUCUUAUGAGUUCUUGAAUUUACAAAUGUGUAAAGUUUGAAUUUUUCAUAUUCGUCGUGCGGUGUGACAGACAGCGAGUUGUGAUUUGCGUACUUUUCCAUGUUUGUUGGUCGGCUAAGUGUACGGAGAAGGGAGAAACAGCAGAUACAUUUGUUGAAGGACGUUUUGCAUUUUUAUUUAUGCGGAUUUUCGAGCGCUGGCGCUUAAUAUUUCCUGCACCAGUAAAACUCAAAGUGGUUGCAGCAGAUACUUUCGGUUGAACAUUGUAAAGAUACAUUUUGCAAUAAGCUUGUCGUAUUUUUUAAAGGCAAGUGUGAAAUGAAUAGUUAGUGCAUGCUUUAAAACAAAUGUGAUUAAAAAAUAGAACAUAAAUAUUUAUUUUCAUCACAUUUCUUCAUUUAUUGCCCGCGCUUUUCUCAUCCAGUGAAGUUUCACAGUGUGAAACAUUUUGGUGCGUGAGAAUAAAAAAUCGUCAAACUGGAUAACACCAUGGGAAGUUCUGACGACCGCGUUUACGCGGCAGAACGUAUAAUACAAAAACGCAUUAGAAAGGGUGUUCUGGAGUAUCGUGUAAAAUGGAAGGGUUGGAAUCAACGAUAUAAUACGUGGGAGCCAGAAGUGAACAUUCUCGAUCGACGUCUUAUAGAAAUUUACGAACAGAGCAACCGAUCAUCAAAUACUCCAUCAAAACGAGGUAGUAAACGCAAAGAAAAAGCGCAGGACCCCGAACCUGAAUCUGAGGAAGAUGAGUACACUUUCACCGGUGACGAUGUGGAUACAAACCAAGCUUCCACCUCAGCCGCGGCAUCUGCAUUAACAAGCAGCAGUCAUCACCAUCACUCUUAUCAUUAUGAAAAAGAGAAGGAAAAGGAAAAGAAACGGGACCACAAUCAUCACCAUCAUCAUCACUCAGCGAAAUCUGAACGGAAUCGCUCUCGCUCACCACACACAGACUCGCAUCGAGAAAAUGGCGGACAUAAGCGUCAUACUUAUACCUCCACGUCGGCAUCGAUGUCUGCUGCAGUUGUGGCAGCCGCAGCUGCUUCUAAUUCUGCAUUGAAUUUCAUUCCUGAAGCUGAUUCAAAUUCAUCCAGUUCGGAGGACCAGCCGCUUAGCCGAAAAGAAGUAACCCCUAUGGGCACUAAACGCAAAGCAGAAGUGUUAAAGGAGUCGGGUAAAAUAGGAGUCACUAUAAAAACAUCACCCGAUGGUCCACCGCCGCCUAAACAACAUUGUGCGAAUGCUGUCAGUGUAGACACAGCCACCUCGAUAUCAACUCCGUUAAAAUCGGAAACUGAACCGCUUUCCCCAGAGACACCUGCUUCGCGACCAGAACAAGCCACACCCGCAGAGAAAAACGCAGCAUUGCAGCAUCAUUAUAAUGCUUCAGCAGCGGAUGAUGAUGAUUCAUCAUCACAAGCAGAUAGCCAAACGGAGAAUGCCAAUUCGGCAGCGCAAAGCAAGGCAACGGGUGACGACGGUACCUAUUCGCCAAAGCGCAACGGUCACACUACCGACGAGCAUCAGCGACAAAGUGCGCUGGAGCCACUUUCACCGAAAGCGCUGCCACCUCGCUUUUGGUUGCCUAGCAAAUGUAAUAUAUCCGACAAAGUGGUGAUCACCGAUGUUACAGUAAAUUUAGAGACAGUGACUAUUCGCGAAUGCAAAACUGAACGUGGGUUCUUUAGAGAACGGGAAUUAAAAUCUGGUGGUACGAAAACUGAAUCUGACUCGGUAGCCUAAAAUUAAAAAAAAAAAAAUAAGAAACUUAGAAUUUUAAAGGACUGCAUCGGUGUUGCGUGUUGCCAUCUACAAUCAACGCAACUAUUAUGUAUUAAUUACAUAUAAAAAUUUAUGACUUGCUAUUUUAUUCAAUGAUUAUCUUAAGGUUGGUUGAAAAAGUUCUUGUAAAUAAUGUACCAUAGCUUCUAUUAGAAUAAAUAUACAUACAUAUACGAGUAAUACAUGUGCUUAUAUUUAUACUUACACCUCUACAUAUACAUAUAAUUGGAAAAUCUAUAAUUAAGAGAAAACCAAAAAUAUUAUGACAGUUUGUUUAAACAAA